GUCCAGGGCAGCGACGAGAGUGAGCUCUCACUGGUAAACCCAUUCCUUAAAUGCUAAAGAAAAACACAAAAGAAUCUUCUUCAUCUUCUACAGCUCGUUCCUCUCGUCCAAACCGAAGCUCAUAACCAAAGGGAAUGAAAAUGGACUCUAUCAGAGAAGCGGAGAGUGCCACUGAACUUGAAGCCUUGUGCAAGCAGGAUUCUUCUUGGUAUCCCUGCCAGGUUUCCCUCAGAGUGCCAUGGUUCUGGACUGCAUAUGGGUGUGACUUGAUGAGUAUGCCACAACUGCCAUCUGGAUUUUCGGCAACAUUGUGACAGAUUCAAUGUUAGCAAUAAAAUAGGAAUGUUUCUGUGUAAUGAAUCAUCAUGAACUAAAUUUCUCAAGUCAGGCACUUGCCGUCACCAUUUGCUUUUAAAUUCCAAGUUUUGGGCAUGCAUUACAAAUGUAUUGAGGUGGCUCCUGAUUAUGGUCCACAGCUCUACUGAAGAUAGCCUAAUUGUCGACUUUGGGAGGCAGGAGUUACAAGAUAUGGUGUUGAACAAGGAUGAAGCACUUACGCGUCUUCGUUUUCGUUCGGCUCCUCUUCAGGGUGACGACUGCUCUCGCAUUGAAGGAGAGCAUGUUCUUUCCAUCCAUAAAUCACCAUAUAAGAGCCACUUAUAUGAUGCCAAGGUGGAAAAGGUGACCAGAGUGAGACACUCUACAAGGGUCUAUUGCAGAUGCAGUUUUAUGAUUAAGUGGCUUCACCCAGACUUCAAAGGACAGAUGGUCACUGUCCCCUCUAGUUCAAUCAUGAAACUAGCAAGCAAAAGCAUCAAUUCUCAUCCAACUGUUGCUGCAUUAUUGAAAUCAGUUAAGCAAAUGGGUUUAUAUACUGCACCUCCCCUUCCAAUCAUGCAUGAAGACAAUGAUGUUGAAUUCGACCUCAAUAAAUUAUUGGGAAAGCAAAUAGAAGAGAUCAACAUUUCAGCUAAUGGAGUCACAAAUGAAACUACAGUAGACAUAUUAGAGGUGGUUAAAGCUGUUGACAAUGGACAUGUUACUUUGUCCAAAGUAGGCACUUCAAAAGCUCAGGUUUCUCAUGACCAGGAUCAAUUGAAAUCUGUUAGUAACAGACCUGGUAACCUGGAAGUAAACAUAGAAGAUGAGGACCCACAAGCCCCUCUCUCAUCCAAACAAGAAGAGCAUUCAGAACACAGGUCUCAUAUUAGUCCUCUUGCUGCCCGUGCAGCUCUGGCCUCCCUAGUGUCGCUUACUCACAAGCAUAUUGCUAUAAGUGGGACUGAACUUUUCAAGUCCAGUGACAGUAAUAAUAUGUCUAUUAUGGUAUCUUCUACUGCAAUCAAAUCUCCAAAAAAUGGAAAUGCGAACUCAGGUGUUAGAACAACUCGCUCAACAGUUCAGAAAGGUUUUGGAAUUCAGAACAGUGAUUUGCAUGAUUUUACUGAAGCCAUCGAGUUAAGGGUCUUAACCAACACAGGAAGGUUGACACAUUUAGCAGUCAAAGAAGAAAAAGAUAUAUCAUCUAUGGAAAUUAAACAAGGGUUGGAAGAAAGUGAGUCUGCUCAGAGUACAGGAUCAUAUUCUUCUGAAGGAACUGACAUUGUUCAUGAAAGCAAAGUACUCAGAAAGAAGAAUGAUAUAUCAAACAAAGCAGUCUCUUCACCAUUUCAUUCAGAGAGUAACGGCCCUAAGGAAAAUCUGACGUCUGGUGAUCUUGAGGCGAUUCAAGAUGCAUAUGUUCAGAUGAAGACUUGUGCUAAAGACACCAAGUCAAGUGUUUCAACCAACAUGAGGAGGUUGACUCGUUCCAUGGUCUCUUGUAAAGACAAUUUGAUAGUUCCUGAAAGCCAUGCAGUGGAAAAGGAAAAUCGUGAAUCAAAAAAGAAGAAAGCUGUCUCUGCGACAUCUCAUAAUGACAGUACACAAGGUGAAGAAAGUAAUAGAAAGCACAUGUCCGGUGCUGUCAGAAACAGUCGACAAACUGAAGGAAAAAUGUCAGGCAGUGGUGACAAUAGUCAAGGCCAGAAGAGGAAGUGUACUUCUUUGAGUAGGCAAGAGCAACGGUUUUCUCCACGAUUAAGGCAUUUGCCUCAAACCAACCAUGCUAUGCAACAGUUGAGAAAGCGUGAAAUGUUGAGUAAAUGCAAGAUAGGUACAAGUGGGAAUUUGUGAAAAUCGUGAGCCAAUACAAGAUGGUGACAACAUUGGGAUCUCUGUUUAACACGUGAUUGCAAUUUGGUGUGCAAAUCUUUUGUGGGUAAGAUUAAACGCCACUUCUGAGCCCAUGCAUAAGAAGGAUAUGCACUGGAUAAUUGGCAUUGUAUGUUUUAUCCUUGUUUUGAUUGUCCUGAGCCUACUAGCUAUUGGAUACUGAUGUUCAAGGGACUGAUGUACAAGUGACUGUCCCUUGACUCCUUUGUGCAAGUGUUAAUGGAGCAAGAGCCUUAUUGCAUAAUAUAGAUUCAUUGGACAACUAUAUAUGGGUUCUCCGACAUGGAAGAAUUGGUUUACUAUAUAUGGGUUCUCGGACCUGGAAGAAUUUGUUUUUAUUAAACGCAUUAUCUCUGAGGUGCUUAGUCAUUAGCUUGUGCUUAAGGAACUUCAAAUUUGUUUCACUACUGACCGUGUAGAACAAGUGAUCGUUGGAAAAUUAGCUGCUCAGGCUGAUGAAAGAUUGGCUGAUAGUGAAGAGGCACCUAGCUGCUUUGAAAACUGCUUUUGUGACCUUUACUUCAACGCCCAGAUUAGAAAAAUGAAAGAGUGGAAAAGGCACAUAACUUAACUUGAUUGUUUUUUUUA